AUGACCGCCAUGGCAAGUGGCUCAAAAGAUGCCAUCGAACACUGGAAUAACUGGCCCAACGAAAAAGGCUUCGACCCGGAGUACGAGCAACCAAAUCCUAUCGAGCUGGAGAUGACUGGCCACAUCCCAAACUAUGCAGCUGGCACAUUAUAUCGGACGGGCCCGGGCAAAAGCCAAGUGGAAACGGAACAGGGUCACGUCUUCAAGCUGUCCCACUGGUUCGAUGGCUUCAGCCAGACGCACCGCUUUCAAAUCAUAGCACCAGACGCUUUCGACUCACCUCUUCGAAUUCUCUACAACUCUCGCUUCUCAACAGACAAGCGCAUAGAGUAUAUCCGGAAGACCGGAUCCCUGAACAUGAUGUCUUUCGGCCAGAGACGCGACCCAUGCAAGGCCUUGUUCAACAAGGCACAGAGCGAAUUCGUGCCUUCCAAGGGACCAUCCACUACCAAUGUCGGCGUGACGCUCUCAGUCAAUAUGCCGGGCUUUGAUCACCGAGCCGAAGAGUCUGCGGAUCGAUGGACCGGGUCCAAGGGGAUUCGAAAUUUGUAUGCGAAGACCGAUUACAAUGAGUUUAAGAGGUUGGACCCAGAGACUCUGGAGCCGAUUGGUUUGGCGACGCAGACGCAGCUUCAUCCGGAGUUGGUGGGACCAUUGACGGCUUCUCAUCCGCGCUCUGAUCCGGUGACGGGCGAUGUAUUUAAUUUCAACCUCGAGGUUGGAGCGGCUUCGACAUAUCGUGUCUAUACGGUCUCUGCCACCACCGGCAAAACGAGCAUCCUCGCUACCUUCUCAGGAAACCCGGCCUAUUUGCACUCUCUGCUGAUUACCGAGGACUAUGUUCUGCUUUGUGUUUGGAACUCUCACAUUAACCCGCUGAAGCUUGCCGAUGGAUUUUUCAGGGAGUCGAUUCUUCCGACCGAUCCCUCAAAGCCAGCAACAUGGUAUGUGAUUGACCGCAAGCAUGGUCAAGGACUAGUCGCCACGUAUGAAGGGCCGGCCUUCUUCUGCUUCCACACGAUCAAUGCCUGGCAAGAGCCAUCCCCCGAGGAACCGUCAAAAAUCGACAUUGUGGCCGAUCUCGUGAGAAUGGAUACCUCAGACUUCAUCGAUCUCCUCUACUACGAGUACAUGAAAUCGUCACUUCCAAGUGCCAAAGAAUCCAUUGCAAACAGGAAAGACCACCUCCUCUCCACCAUCACACGCUUCCGUCUCCCAGCCUUGCCACCAACACCAACUUCUGAGAUUCAGAAAGCAAGCGUGGAGUGGUCCGCGUGCAAAGAGCUAUCUCCUGAAUUGCCGACAAUGAACCCCAACUUGGGCACCAAGAGACAUCGAUAUAUCUACUCGACUACCUUCCGCGGAGAAGCGACGCUGACAGACGGCAUCAUGAAAUUCGACUGUGACAAACAAGAGUCUCAACUGUGGGCAUGCCAUGGCCAUUCACCCGGUGAGCCGAUCUUCGUCGCUAACCCGGAUGGCACGAGUGAAGACGACGGUGUUCUUCUGAGCGUGGUCCUUGAUGGCAUGCGAGGAACAAGUUAUCUACUCUGCCUCGAUGCUCGGAAUUUGAAAGAACUGGGUCGGGCGCACGUAAAUGGGGCAAUUGGAUUUGGUUUUCAUGGACAGCAUGUUCCUAUUCAGGGUCUGCCUACUGGUGAUUACUAG